AUGUUGAAGAGUGUUGGGAUUAAUAUUAGUAAAAGAAACUUUAGUCAAAAUGUUAUUUCUUUACAAAAAUUGAAAACAUUCCAAAUUUAUAGAUGGAAUCCUGACACACCAUCUGUUAAGCCAAGAUUACAAACUUAUCAAGUUGAUCUUGAUAAUUGUGGUCCUAUGGUCUUAGAUGCAUUGCUUAAAAUCAAAGAUGAGCAAGAUCCAACUUUGACAUUCAGAAGAUCCUGUAGAGAAGGUAUCUGCGGUUCAUGUGCAAUGAAUAUUGGUGGUAUCAAUACAUUAGCAUGUAUUUGUAAAAUAGAUACUAAUACCAGCAAGAAACAAAAAAUUUAUCCAUUACCACACAUGUAUGUAGUUAAGGACUUAGUACCUGAUUUAACAAAUUUUUAUCAACAAUAUAAAUCGAUUAAGCCAUACUUGCAAAGAAAAGAGUUUCCAAAAGACGGUAAGGAAAUAUUACAAAGUCAAGAAGAUAGAGCUAAAUUGGAUGGGUUAUAUGAAUGUAUUCUAUGUGCAUGCUGUUCUACCUCUUGUCCUUCAUAUUGGUGGAACCAAGAAGAAUAUUUAGGUCCAUCUGUAUUAAUGCAAGCAUAUCGUUGGUUACUAGAUUCUAGAGAUGAAGCAGGUGCAAGUCGUAAAGAAAUGUUGGAUAAUUCCAUGUCAUUAUAUAGAUGUCAUACAAUUAUGAAUUGUACAAAGACAUGUCCAAAGGGGUUGAAUCCAGGUGUUGCCAUUGCUGAAAUCAAGAAAAUGUUAGCAUUUGAACAAUGA